AUGAAAUUAUCAACUCUUCUCUGCUUAACCCUUUUGAUCAUUGGUAUUAUGACUUUGCCAGACCCUUGUAAUGAAAUUGAAGAAAGAGGUGAACGAGGAGGAAGAAAAGGACAAGGUCAAUUUAUAAAGAGAAAUGAAUGCGACGGAUUCUUCAAGAGAGAUGGUGCGGCUGAUACGGAAGAUACGGAAGAUUAUAUGUCAUCCAAAUUUCUUACAGAAUCAUCAUCAUCAUCCCAAAAAAUUCAAACUUAUUCUGAGCGUCGUCGCAAAAAACUUGAAAAAUCUAAUAUAGAAGGAUAUAUUAAACCUCGUCAUGAAAUAGAAGAAGAAAAACGUAUUCAAGGUCUUUCAAAAAGAAUAGAUAAUGAAGAUAAUGAAUCUCCUGGAUUAAAAUUAUUAAUAAAGAUGGGUUAUGAGAAAGGAAAAUCUUUGGGAAAGGAUCAGAACAAUAAUUCUGGAUUAAUAGAACCAUUGGAUAUUGAAAUAAAAAAAGGUGCAGAGCUUUAUUGUAAUGUCUUUGUUCUUUGGAAUAGAUAUGGUAUAGGAAUGUCUACUGAAAUAAAACGAAAAGCACAAACUGAACUUAUUAAAGCAGUAAAACGAGAAAAAAUUGAAGAAGAAACCUUUAUUCAACGCAUGAGUCAAGAAAGUGUGAAUAAACGAAUAGAGCAACAAUUAAAUACUAUUCGGAGAGGAAUAGAGAAUAAUGUAUUUUGGUUACAUAUAGAAAAUGAAGAACAAGAAAUUGAAGAGAUUGAAAAUGAAGAAGAAGAAUUUGAAAAACUUGAAACAAAUGAAAAACUUGAUAUAAUACUUACAUAUUUACGUAAUCGAUACCAUUAUUGUUUUUGGUGUGGAUCGGAUUAUGAUAGUGCGGAAGAAUUAUUAAGAGAAUGUCCAGGAACUAAAGAAGAAGAUCACGAAUAA